GCUACCAAAGCCUCAUUCCUAAUUCGCUCGGUACCAAAUAACGCUGUGCGUCGUGUUCGCUGUGGUUUUGAUAUUAGUUUUGUCGAAGAAAGCACGCUACUGACGACUUUGCUGUACCAAAGAAAGCAGAAAUGGGUCGAACAAAAGAAAAAACCAACAAUGAUGGCGAUGAUAGUGCCGCGAGCAGCGAAGAGGAGUACGUGGUAGAAAAGGUAGUUGAUCGCCGCGAAAGGAAGGGCAAAGUCGAAUAUUUGCUAAAGUGGAAGGGCUACGAUUCGAGCCUCAAUUCCUGGGAACCGCGAGAGAACCUCGACUGCCCGGAACUCAUAAAAGCAUUCGAGCAAGCACGUACCGACAAAGCUAACAAGGACGGCAAGGGCAAGGAAAAACGGACAUCCAAGAAGAAGAAAGGUGAAUCAGACAAUGAAAAUGACGCCACUGACGACGAUGUUCGAGACGAUGCCGGAUCGACAAAAUCUGCAAAAUCCAGCACCACUGAUAACAAAGCAGACAACAACGAGGAAGCAGCAGAUGAGCUUACCGGUUUCGAAAAAGGAUAUGUUGCUGAGCGCAUCCUUGGUGCAACCGAAGCGGAUAAGGAGCUGCUUUUCCUUAUCCAAUGGAAGGGCAAGGAUAAGGCGCAACUUGUCAAAUCGAAAGAAGCCCGGAAGUAUUGCCCACAGCUCGUUAUUGAUUUUUACGAAGAAAGGUUGAUUUGGCAGACCAGUGAAACGGCCGAGUAGAAUUAGUAAUCUUGACGUUUUUUUUAAUAGUUUUUCUCAUGUUUUUUUCUUUUCAAGUUGGACAUUUUGAAUUGUAAUCACUGCAAAUAUAACUAAUACGAAUAAAUAGUCGGAGCAAAGUACCGAAUAAUCCACGA